AUGGCGACCUCCUCCACACCCAGGCGUAUCCUCAUCGUCUACACCGGUUCAAGAGGUGACUGGCAGCCGUAUGUUGUUGCUGGCACCAUCUUGCGUGAAGCUGGUUACGAGGUGCAUCUGUGUGGCCCAGGUGAUGCUGCAGGGAUGGCCGCUGACCAUGACCUUCCGUUUCAACGCGUUCGUCAGAGCAUCCUCCGGAACUGGCCCGACAAAUUCUCUGAUGCCAUCAGCCACGAGAAGAUGCCCACAGUACCGGUAAGGUCUGACCGAGAUGAGAUGAUUGCGGAGAGGAAGGCUCUCUACGAUUUGUUCUCGACUUUCAAGCCAGAGCUCGUUCUCACCGCCUUUAUGACCCUGAUCGAGGUCAGUAUCUUCAGCGAGAUCUUCGACGACAUCCCUUUCGUGAACUUCGCUCUUCAGACACCGGCGGGACGUGACUGGAACAUGGCCAGCAUCAACCUUCCGCGAUUAUUGAAACCUCUGAACUGGCAACUCAACAUGUUCAUGAUGUCAAUGAUCCUCAAGAUGCAACGGAAGGAGCUAGACUGCAUCCCGGAAGUCUUGCCUCCGGAGCUGCGCAAGUCCAUGCCCAAAAAGAUCACAACGCAACCUUGGCUGGAGCACUGGUCAGAACAAGCAGUGUUUCCAAAUCUUGUCGCACAAAGUACAGUCAUCAAUGGCGAUGAUUGGGGAAAGCACUACAAAACAGUCGUUUCGCUUGGUCCGCUCAUGCUGGCGCCGAGCAGUCAGUCAGGGCAUGAGUUUGGCAGCGACCAGAUGCAGCAGAUGGAAGACUUUCUCGCCCAGGGGGAUGCUCCGGUCUACAUCGGUUGGGCGGGUAUAGAUCUGCAGCAUGUGGAAGGUGAAGCUGACGAGUUGGAGCUGACUGAGUACAUCAAUCGCAACGUGCUCUUCAUGCCCAAGUCACCUCACGGCCUCCUCUUCCCGCGGUGCCAGGCCAUCGUUCACCAUGGUGGCGCAGGAACCAUGAAUGCCUCCGUCCGCUCGGGGAAACCAACCAUCAUCAUACCGAUUUUGUUAGACCAGUAUGACCAUUCAAGAAAGAUCAAUGAGAUGGGCAUCGGAAAAGGCCUGAAGCAUCUUCGGCAUCAGACACCCUCGACAAUCGCUGCAGCAAUCAACGAGUGCAUUAACUCGCAGUCGAUCCGGACGAAGGCAGAGGAAGUUGGCUCAGCCAUGCGCCGUGAAGAAGAACAGGCCCCAGUAAAGCUGACGCAGUUCAUUCAGGACUACUUCCGGGACUACGUGGAUGGCGGCCGCUUCAAAAGCAUCAUGAGAGACGCGCGAGAGCGACGAGGGCAGCAGUGCUGCAAGUGCUGA